CUAUUAUCUUCCACAGAACGCUGUGAGCACUAAGCACAACACAAGCUAGUAUAUUUCAGACCGGAGGAGAGAAGUUGUUAUGGCUGAAGGAAUUAUCUUGUUUGGAAUUGAGAAGCUUUGGGAUCUUGUGAGUCGAGAAUCUGAGCAGUUCAAUGGAGUUGACGAGCAAGUUUCUGAACUAAAACGUCAGCUGGGAAGGUUAUGGUCUCUGUUGAAAGAUGCAGAUGCCAAGAAACAUGGAAGUGAAAGGGUGAGAAACUUCUUGGAAGAUAUCAAAGACAUUGUUUAUGAUGCUGAGGAUAUAAUCGAAUCCUUUCUUAUAAAACAAGGAAGAAGAAAACAAAAGGGGAUCAAGAAGCGUGUCACUAGACUCAGUUACAUCUUAGUGGAUCACCGGAAAAUAGUUUCAGAUAUCAAAGCAAUAACUCAGAGGAUCUCUGAUGUGAUUGCAGCAAUGCAGAGUUUUGGAAUACUACAGAUGAUUGAUGGUGGCAGUUCUUCAUUGUCCCUUGAGGAUAAACAAAGGGAAAUCCGAAAUACGUUUCCUAACAAUUCUGACAACAAUCUUGUGGGGAUGGAUCAGACUGUUGAAGAUUUGGUUUCUCAAUUGGUCGGAAACGAUCAUACUAGAGUGGUUUCUAUAUCCGGGAUGGGGGGAAUUGGUAAAACCACUCUGGCCAGACAAGUUUUUCAUCAUGACAUAGUACGGCGUCAUUUUGAUGGAUUUGCGUGGAUAUGUGUUUCGAAACAGUUUACACAGAAGCAUGUGUGGCAAAGAAUCUUGUAAGAUCUUAGACCAGAUGAUGGGGAGAUUUUGCAGAUGGAUGAGUUUACACGUCAGGGAAUACUCUUUCAGUUGUUGGAGACAUACAGAUAUUUGAUUGUCCUAGAUGAUAUAUGGAAAGCAGAAGACUGGGAUCGAAUAAAAGAAGUGUUCCCACAGAAAAGAAGUUGGAAGAUGCUACUUACUUCCCGCAACGAAAGUGUUGGUUUACAUGCAGAUCCCACAUGUUUUUCCUAUAGGCCUAGAUGCCUUACUCUUGAACAAAGUUGGACUCUAUGCCAAAGACUAGCAUUUCCUAGAAGAGGUGAAGCAGAAUAUAUGAUUGAUGAAGAGCUGCAAAUCAUGGGUAAGGAAAUGGUUACUCAUUGUGGAGGACUACCGUUAGCUAUCAAAGUGUUGGGAGGAUUGUUAGCUACGAAACAUACAGUUCCCGAAUGGAAAAGAGUACAUGAAAAUAUUGGACCUCAUAUCGUUGGAGGAUCUGGCUUAAAUUCUAAUUCGGUUUACCGAAUAUUGUCUUUGAGCUAUGAAGAUUUGCCAAUGGACUUAAAGCAUUGUUUCCUUUACCUCGCCCAUUUCCCUGAAGCCUACAAGAUAGAUGUGGAGACAUUGUUUAAUUACUGGGCUGCAGAAGGACUUAUAAUGAUCUAUCCAGCAACCAUUCGAGAUAAUGCAGAAGGCUGCCUAGAAGAGUUAGUGAGAAGAAAUAUGGUUAUUGUUGAAAGAAGCUACUUGACUUCAAGAAUGGAGUCUUGUCAUAUGCAUGACGUAAUGAGAGGGGUUUGUUUAUCUAAAGCAGAAGAAGAUAACUUUUUACAAAUCGUCAAUGUAUCUACAUCUACUUCUACCUCUACCAUCAAUGCUCAAUCUUCUCGCAGACUAGCUGUACAUAGUAGUAAUGCAUUUGAAAUGAUAGGACCAAAAAAUAAGAAAGUUAGAUCGCUUUUGUUUUUGAAGACCAAGGAAGAUGCUGUAAUACAAUCUUUUCCAGACUUGGGGAGUUUACCAUUUCUCAGGGUGUUGGAUCUUUCUAGAGCCAAGUUGCAAGGAGGGAAGUUACCUUCAAGUAUUGGAGAGCUUAUCCACUUGAGAUUCCUGAGCUUAUACAGAGCUGGAGUCUCUCAUAUACCUUCUUCUCUGCGGAAUCUGAAGCUUCUGCUCUAUUUGAAUUUAGGUGUCGAUGGGGUUUCAGUUCAUGUGCCAAAUGUUUUGAAAGAGCUACGAGAAUUAAGGUGCCUUAUCUUACCUUUCCUAAUGGAUGUUAGAAAAAAAUUGGAAUUGAGUGAUCUGGUGAACCUAGAGACCUUGAGUGGUUACUCACUAGAGAACAGUAGUGUGAAGGAUCUUCUUGGUAUGACUAAUCUCAGAACUCUCACUGUCCAUUCUCUUGAUGGUUGUACUUUAGAAACUUUGUCUUCAUCUCUCUGUGGAUUGAGAGAACUCGAGCAGCUUUCAUUAUAUGAGGUCAUGGAUAAUGGCCAAUACGAAGGGACAUUAGUUCUUGAUUCCAUUAAUCUCAAAUCUUUAACGGUUGGCAUGCAUAUGCCAAGAUUGCUUGAACAACAUCGCUUCCCUCCAAACAUUGCAAACGUAUGUCUACGGUAUUGCAGCAUGGAGGAAGAUCCAAUGCCGGUUCUAGAGAAGUUGCUUCACUUGAAAUGGGUUGAAUUAUCAUACCGUUCUUUCAUUGGGAAGAGAAUGGUGUGCUCGAAAGGCGGGUUUCCUCGGUUGCUUGUGCUAAAGUUAUCAGGACUAUAUGAGUUGGAAGAGUUGGUAGUAGAAGAAGGCUCCAUGUCGUGUCUUCAUACGUUGACUAUAAAUGAAUGCAGAAAUCUUAAGGAGCUUCCGGAUGGAAUCAUGCACUUAAUGACAGUUGCGGGGUUUCAUAUGGGACAGUGGAGGAGGAAAUUGUCUGAAGGAGAACAAAACUACUACAAAGUCCAACAUAUGAUAGAUUAUGCAGAUUAAGCGAUAUAUGUAAUAUAUUAACAAGGUUAAUAAUGUUGUUGAUAAAGACAAAAAGAUCAUCAAAUCUAAUUUGAGAUCAUUAUAGUUAGAGUUUCAAUCUGUUCAUAUCCGUUAAGUAGGUGUUUUGCGUUGUUUCUCUUAGUAAGGGAAUUGACUGGUUUAAACGCAGCAGUUGUGGUUGUAGUUGCGGGAGAGUUAUUAAAUGUUUUGAAUGAUUGAUUUAACGUUUAAAAAUGGAUGCAUUUGCAGAA